CUGCGCGAGUACACCCUGACCGAAUCGUAUCACGAAGACGACGUCGAAGUGGAAUUCGUCAGCAACGACAAUCUCCAAGCGAACAGCGAGACUCCCCGAGGAAUCGAUCCGAACAGGGACCUAAACGAGGCCAUAGCCGAGGAACGAAGGGAAAUGGACACCCAGAGAUACAGAUAUUGGAGCACGACAGGCAACGAUCAGCAGCAGGUCGUAACCGACGUUCCGCGCGACAACAAGGCGGCGAUCAUCAACAGCAUCGCCUCAUCUUACUCCUCGUCGUGGCAAGUACAGCGGCCGAGGUACAGCGCAACUCCGAUGCCACGACCUUCGAAGGUCACCGUCGACGGUGAUAAAACGAGACAGUACAGCGAGACAGGAAAAUCCGACUGGCCGUACUAUCAGACAUACAGGCGAACGGCGGAGGCGCAGAAGGCGCAGAUCUACGAGGAUAUCCAGAGGAAGAUUGCGAACGCGUCGAACGUGUCGAGUAUCGGUUACUCAUUCGCGAGUAACAACGCGACCAACAACCUGGCGGAUCAGCGCCAGCACAGACUCCGGAUGAAGCAUCACGGACUGACGUCCAAGGGCAAGCGAGUUAGAACACGCGCACCUAGAGAUUGCAAGGUCGGCGAAUGGGGUCCGUGGAGCGCGUGCAGUCGCAGCUGUGGGGUGGGCGAGACCCAGAGGACGCGGAAGGUCACGAUAAAGCCGCGCCGAGGCGGCACUCCGUGUCCGCCGUUGAAGGAGACCAAGUGGUGCGGCAGCGUCAAUCCGUGCUCGGAGAGCAAGCCGAUCAUCGACUACCAUUGGUAGUCAUCGUCAGGGGUUUCCUUUCACGAACACGUGUACCAAAGUGACUCGUUCACGGACGAAAGGUCGCAAGCGGACGAGAGGACGGGUGAGGAGCGAUUUAUGCGAGAAAUGCGCACGCAAACGGAACGGACGUGAUCGGUAUGAGAAAUUUCAUUAACGAAGAAUGGAUAAUAAAGCUGAGAAUAUCUUUUAUAUCUCGAUGUGUAAUCGUUGACAUGGCGCUGGGAAUGUAUUACUGUAUGGGCUAAUGCUUUAGAAAGGGAGUAGCGAUUUGUGUGGUUUGACAAUAUAUAUUACAGAAAAUUUUUCGUAAACGAUAAUUGAUAUCUUAAGGAAAAGAAGGACUGUUGCACAGCGACCAUUGCCAUCGGAUGAUACUACGUAUGUUUAUGCAAACGAUCAUGCACGACGUGUUUCGAUUAUGUGCGCCUCAAGUGACGUAAUCUCUUGAUAUCAUUUUUUUAAUUACGAUGAAUAGUCGCGAUUAUUAUAUAAUAUGAUCUCGCAACGAACAAUUGGAGAAACGUCGUUGUUCGGCGAUUUUAUUUUACUCGCUUACAUUUAUCGUCGUUUGAUGUUCGAUACAUAUUACAUGUGUAUACGAUAUAUAUAUAUAUAUAUAUAUAUAUAUAUAUAUAUAUUGCUUGCAGGUUCUCGAAUAUUGAAAACAAAAAGAUUUCCAAAGAGAAAUUCGAAUAGCUGACUGGCAUCGGAUCGUGUAUCACUAAAAUGCGUUUGAGGCUCGAUUUUCACUCGUCGGAGCACAUGCCGUUUUGAUUUUUUUAUUUUCAGAGUAAUUGAACAAUCGAGCACUGUUUGUCGAAUUUGUUAUGGCAAAAAAAACCAACGUAAAAAAGAAAAAAAGAAGAAUCUAUCUGCAAUAGAUUCGUCUCGCUAAUGCAAGGCGGAUCUGCGAAUUGUCUAUUCGUAUAUAUAUAUAUUGUAUAUCGAAAACAUGAAAUGUCUGAGAUUAUGAAGUCAUACCAAAGAUCGCACACGUGUAGAUUUUCUUCUACAUAUCAGAAUAACCGGAGAGUCGCCGCAUUGAAAAUUAAAUUAAUUCCCGAUUUUAACCCGCGUUGAAAGCGAAUGUAACGAUAACACGUCUCGAUCUUCGCACGCGAUCGAGAAUAGAAAUGAACCUCGGUAUAAUUGGAAAAUUGAUCCAACUUUCCGGAAGAGAAAAACGUUACAUGCAAUUAAGCUGAUAGUUUAAUCGCCCCGGUACGAAUAAUAUACCAUGAUCGACGUGUUCUACAUGCUCAGGUGCGAGAAUUCCUCCGGUGAAAUUUAACCGUCGCGUGCCAUACCAUAGUCUCGCCGAGAUUGAGCCGACGUUUCUCUCGGAACCUAGUACGUUGCUUAGAGCGAAGUUUUUAUCGGCCCGCUAUUUUCUAUCGCGAAACAAAAACGAUCGUGUGCGAGAUUUAUAUAUAAUGUGAUGGAAACUCUGUUUAAAAUACAAAUAAAGUUAAUAAUCAACUUAACAUCUUAAUGAGAGUUUUUUUAAUUUUUAAAAACUAUUUUUUAUACAUAUAUCUAUUCGUAAAUUGUGUACAUUCUCUAUUUAUUUUUUUGCCGUAUUUUUGAAAUCCUAUACUGUUUACCUUUUACGGUAUAAAGUUUUUUGUUUGAAAUCUCCAUUUCCGAGAGAAUUCGCAAGAUACGCAUGCAAUUUUUUUUCGAAACGUCGUGCAAUGAUCGAAAAGGUUGAAAUAUUUCGUGAGAAGAAAAAAAAAUAAGAUCGAUGUCCGCGUAGGGCGUAUCGAGUAAACGUCAGAGCGAUUUUCAGCGCGCUCGUACAAAAUCCCAGACAAGGUCGCGUGAGUGUUUUUCGCAAAACGUCUCCUCGCUCGAUGGAGAAUAACCGUGGAAUGAAGCAAGAACUCAUAGAGCAGGUGUUCCGCAAAAUCGAUUUUUUUCUCCACCGUCAUUGAGAGUGCUACAUCUUUCUCUCUCCCUCUCUCUCUCUCUCUAUCUCUAUCUCUAUCUAUCUAUCUGUCUCUCUCGUGACGUGUGGUAGGAAAAUUUUUACAAAGAUAUCAUCAGGUACGUCUUAGGUGAGUGUAUUAUAUCUUAGAUAUAAAUUUAACGAUAAUAAUUAAUAACUAACGUCUAAUUGUAACACUCGUUAAUUAUUAGGCCCAUAUUAAUCGCGUCCGCGACGCGGAAUUCGGCGUUGGUUGCGAAAAAUACGCGCAGCUUCAGUUGUAAGAAUGAAAUUGAGCCACCCCCUGUAGAGAACGGGAUGGCUCCCAUAAAUUUAAAAGUGACUCGACGCUGAAUUUCCCACGCGACGCACGUCGACGCACGGCUUGUCCUUCACGUUUAGCGUCCGUAGCCGCUAUUCUCACCGAAUAUUCAGUGCUAAAUGCCCGAUCGUUGUGAAGAUAUCGAUAUACUAUUGAAUAAAUUAAAUUUAAAAAAAUAGCCAUAAUUUGUGCCAUAAAAUUGCACAGUCGCGUUUAGCGCUAAACACGCAGCGAGAAUAGAGGUUUGCGUAAAGCUAAAGCUGAUAUAAUUGUAUAACUUUUUUUAUACCCGAAUCUCUAAAUGUUAAUUUCGACACGAAAAUGAACGAAAUAUACAUAUAAUAUAUAUUGUGUGCCCGUUACUAUACGCUGCCAUAAUAGAAAGAAAUAACGUGUAAAUUUUCAAAAUCAAUUUCGUGCGUGACGCAACAAUAAUGAUUUUUCCUGCUACGUUGGUUCUAGCGAAACAUAAAAUAAGCACGUUAUGAAAAAUAAUGGUACGAGCGCGGAGAUUGUAGCGUACUGUGCAAAUUCGCAGACCGUCGCGUAAUAUCUGUACCUAUCUACGUUUGUUCAUAUCGCGCUGAAACUGAAAUGAAAUAGGCUAAUCGUCGCGAUAGUGACGAAAGGAGAUAAUUGCGUAGACAAAUUUUCAAAUUGCCGCUUGGCAUCUCAUAACGCUUCGGUAAGUAUCUUGAAAAUGUACGAUAAAUUUGCGCGUUACGCAACACCUUUCGACAAUACUCAUAUAGAGUAAGAUAUGGUAUAUCUUUUUUACACACAAUCGUCUUUGCUCUUAGACUUUUUUUCAAUAUUCAAAUUGCUGAAGCCGUUUGUGCAAAUCUCUGAAUGGAAGAAAAAAGCCUUCGUAAAAUCAGAAUAAUAAUAGCUACCGAAUAAGAUCUGAAUACAAAGACAGAUGAUAAUUCUCGAAAUUUUCUCUGAGGAAGGGUCGACUUCGUCGGAAAAUUUCUUGUUAAAAUCACAAUAGUCCAGCACGCAUUUUACAGAGAAGAUGCAUUUUGCUCUCAACCUAUCUUAAAAACGGAAGAUAGAAAGUGCACGCGGCGGGAAUACAAUCUUAAUUACGGUGGUACUUAUAAUACUCUCCUCCCCUUUUUCUCUCUCUCUUUCUCUCUCUAUUAUGUUAAAACCCGAUCGUUCGCGAUAAUUAGCUGCUGAUCUUCACCGGAGAGAAUCCCUUGGAAGCCGUCGCUGGCGGCGAGAGCGCGCGGUCGAAAUGAAAUAUCAGACCGAGUUAAUCCCCGAGACGAAAACCCAACCGACAUAUUGUAAAAUCUUUCAUGGAACAAUACCGCAUGGCGAUAAGAGAGAAAAAGAGAGAAAGCUCUUUUCAUUUUCCUCUGAUAUAUAU